AUGAGCGUCCGGCAACGCAGCCCCGAGGCCCAGCCUGCACCCGGGUCCCCACUGCAGUCCGGGGGACCCGGCCCUGCCAAGCGACGCCGCCUGGAGGAGCUCGCUGGAUCCGCGACCAGAGCAGUGCCAGUCCCGGGAGACGCCGCGGGUUCGUCUGACUCUCCCGCGCCCGCCUCCACCUCCGGGCUCAUCCUGACCGCGGGGUGCGUCCUGCAGCUGCCUGUUGAAGGCGGAUACCACCUGCUGCUGGAGCCCCUGCCUGGCGCGGCACUGCAAGUCACCAUCCAAGACGACGCCCUCGUCCUGAUCGCCCAAGACCUCCUGGGCUCCAGGGACCAGUGCUCCGGAGGGCGGAGCUUUGAAGUCCUGGACGCGCUGCCUGCCUUGCUGGGCCCCGCCUUGGAGAGCCCAGUCGUCGCCUUCGUGGAGCAGCAGGGAUUCUGCGCCACUGUCCCAGACAUCGCCCGCCAGGAAGAAGUCCAAGCCUGUGACUACUCGCACCCCGUGUUCCCGGCGCCCGAUGUGGACUCGCCAGCGGCCUUCCCUGCAGGGCCCCUGCUCAGGCCUCUGGCGCCCAUCAAUCCGCUCAAAAGUGGCUCUCCUGGCUUCCCAGACCAGGAGUACCUCCAUCUGCUGAGGUCCUUCCCCACCUCACCACUUCAACCUCUGCCUCCCUUUGCAACGCCCUGGCCCCACCAGCGCCCAGCGGGCCUUCCAGGUCCUCAUCGCAAGGCCCGGAGACGUCUCUUCCAGACAUGA